UGUGUUGACAGCCGCUUAUGGUAGUUUUUUUUUUGGUGGAAGAAGAAAAAAUAAAAAGUGAAAUUUGUUGAUCGAAAAAAUAAAAAUUCAUGGGUCUUAAGCUUGCGUAAUAUGGCUUUAGCUUUAAGAAUCGCACGUCUAACGUGCGGUUCCGAAAUUCGAUUCACCCCGAUUCCCUCAUCAAUUAAACUUGUUCGCCAUUGUUCCAGCAGCAACAAUAAGCCAUCAACACCGCCACCACCAUCCCCACCAGCACCACAAAACCCUAAACCCAAAUCCAUAACACGAGAAUCCGUUCGUAAAAAUGUCAAAGGUUACAUGUUCAGUCGACUCUUCGACUAUGUCAAAAACUAUGACAAAGUUCUGGAAAAGAACUUUCCAUCUGCCGUAAGUGUGUAUCGCAUAUUUUUUGAUGGCAUGAAGGAGUUCUUUUUGGACAUGAAAAGAUAUCUUAAAAUAUCGCGAAUUGCCAAUGACUCCCCGAAUGGACCCAAAGCACUCAAUCGAAAGGAGUUGGAAUUGUAUAUGCAAAUGCCGAGAGACAUGAUCAAAGUGGCACCUGCAAUUGUUCUGUCUUCACUGCCAAUGAUUGGCUAUGUCGCCUUUCCUCUUGCUUACAUGUACCCGCGGACAUUUUUGAGUUCCCAUUUUUGGACUCUCCAACAAAAGUCUGAAUUCCAACAGCUAUCACUCUCUGAAAGAUUGAGUAACAAUCGCGCUGUAUUCCGAUGCCUUCAGGCACAUUUGAAAAGCGCCAAGAAGAGUGAACAAUAUAAAGAAAUACAAACCAUUUUGGGACUAUUGGGAAGUGGAAUGCAUCCAACAGUGGAACAGCUUUUGGAAGCCAAAGAAGUCUUUGCCAACCCACCCUACCAUUACAAUUCACUCAGCUCUAAACAUAUCAAAUUGCUUGCAUUGAUGUACGGAUUGCCCGGUGGAUUAUUUAGACGACAUCGCAUGGCUGAACUUGCUUUUAUUAUACACUUUAUGGAUCUGGCAAUUAUUCGAGAAGGUGGUGUCCACAACAUGCCACAGGAAUCUAUCCGUUAUGCAUGUUUGAUAAGGGGUUUGAAUCCAAGUAACCUAAGUAACGAAGAGAUGAUUGAAUGGCUAAGAAAAUGGGUCAAGGUGUCGAUGGCGUUGAAAGAAGAACACAUGAGUUUGUUCUUGCAUCUGCCACUUUUCUUGGGCUACAAUCAUCCUAAUAAUUGGCAAUUAAUUUAUGGAAAGCAAAAAAUGACGUAGGUAAAUGUUGUUGUUAUAAACGUAGUUGAUUAUGAUAAAUUAAAACUAAAGUUGAAACACAAA